AUGUCAGACUUACAUGGCGAAGAAAACGUCGAUGCUGUGCGCAAACUCAUCAUUGAAGAUAGACAUGUGACAUAUCGCGAGAUUGAGGCGUCCUUGAGGAUCUCAAAGACCUCAAUUCAAAAAAAUUUCAGCAUUGUUAGUGGUGAAGAAUCGUGGAUUUACUGUGAAGAAAAGCCAACAAAAGUCAUCCGUUCUCGAAGUGUUUCGAAAAAGAUAGUCUCGACAUUUGUGUCAAAAGCGGGUCAUAUUGCAACAAUUCCUCUUAAUGAGCAAAGAACUGUUAUUGCGGGCUGGUAUACCACCAUUUGUUUGCCAAAAUUCAUCACCGAGCUUCGAAAAAUCAACCCCGAAAGAAGAAUCAACCUCCACCAAGACAAUGCAAGCUCACACACAGCCCAAAAAACAAGGCAGUAUUUAACGGAAGAAAACGUGGAAUUAUUGGACCAUCCUCCAUAUAGUCCCGAUCUAAGUCCUGACGAUUUCUUUAAUUUCCCGAAAUUUGAAAACAGACAGCGUGGUCAAAGGUUCCAGUCACCAGAAGAAGCAGAAACGACGCAUGAAGAUAUGUGUAUUAAUCUUCGUGGAGAAUACUUCGAAAAACAAUAA